AUGCGAGAGCGUGUACGCGUCUUCGCAUCUCUAGCUUAUUUCGCGGUCUCUGACUGGGGCAGCAGUGAUCUGAGUCUGUGGGAAGAAGGGUCAGUUCGCGCGCACGAGGGCGGAGCAGGUCAAUUUCAACACGUGUGUGGCGUUCUGCAGCAGAGGCGCCGUGGAGUGGCGGGGGAUCCACCUUGCACUGCUGGGGUCGCUGCUGCUCUGUUUUUUUGCUCUCAUGUCACACUACUGCCGUCCUCCCGCCACACCUGCAUAGCCUGCAAAUCUUUCCAUGCCCUUCUCUCUCUGCGCCUCUCUUCCUGCCCCUCCCUCUCGGCGCUUCUCUUCCUGCCCCUCCCUCCCUGCGCCUCUCUCACUGCCAUCCACUCUCUGUGCCGCUAUUCCUGCCCUCAUCUCUCUGCGCCUCUCUUCCUGCCCCUCCCUCCCUGCGCCUGUCUUCCUGCCAUUUCCUCUAUGCGUCUAAGAAAAGCCCUAUUUGUGCCAAUUUGCCUGCACCUCUCUGUGCCAGGGUACCAGCACCUCUCUGUCCCCGAUCUCUUUGUCCCGCCUCCUCAUCUCCCCUUCAUGCAUCCCCCCAGGAGCUUCCCACCACCACAGCCUCUUUUCCAUCUUCCCAUAGCAUUCGCUCUCCACCCCACCCCUCACCACUUGCAACUCAUCUGCCUUGUCCUUCGCCCGCUGUGCAGUUUCCUGCCCCUCAAUGCACCUCUCUCCCUUCCCUCUACCCUCUCUUCCUUCCCCAGCCAUUCUGCCUUUCCACUGCUAACGUUCCCUUCUCUUGCCUAUUGCCAACCCUUGUCGACACUUCCCAACCCAAUGCGGUAA